AGCUUGUCUUCUCUUCUUCCUCUUCCGUUGCUUGCCGCGCCGCCGCUCCCCAGCCCAGAUGGCGGCGCCGCUCCUCUUCUACGACCUGAGCCUCAUCCCGCCCUCCUCCAUUGGCGGUGGCGCCGAUGACAACUCAAACCCCUCCUCCCGCCUCCAACUGUUAGCCGCCACGGCCCGCGCUCUCGAGCUCGGCUACGCCGCCGUCGCGCUCGACCACCCCCACCGCGGUCUCCUCGCCGACUCCAACCGCUGCCGCACCGAACCUUUCCCGCCCCUCUCCUCUCUCCCACUCCCGUCCUCCGCCGCUCUCCAUCGCUGCCGCCUCGCCUCCCCCGCCUCCGAGCCCUUCCGCCAAUACACCCGCAUCACCCUCUCCCUCGACUCCGCCGCCGCCGCCGCUUCCGCCCUCGCUCCCUCUGCCUCCCGCCUUCUCCGCACCUACGACCUCGUCGCAGCCCGCCCCCUCACCCAGGCCGCCUUCGACCACCUCUGCCAGGCUCCCCUCUCUGCCCAACACCUUGAUCUCAUCUCCAUCGACUUCUCCUCCCACAGCAACCUGCCCUUCCGCAUCAAGCUCCCCAUGCUCAAGCUUGCGCUGCAAAAGGGGCUGCAUUUUGAGAUUGCCUACUCCCCCCUAAUUUCUACUGACAUCAAUGCCAAGAGAAACCUCCUAGCUCAAGUCAAGCUCUUGGUGGAUUGGACUAAAGGAAAGAAUCUCGUCAUCUCAAGCGCUGCUCAUACUGCAUCCCAGCUCAGAGGGCCCUAUGAUGUCAUCAAUCUAUCUACUUAUUUGCUUGGCCUUCCCAUCAACCGAGCAAAAGCUGCAAUGUCCACAAACUGCAGGUCACUUGUUUUGAAGGCUCUGAUGAAGAAACAUUUCUACAAAGAAACAAUUCGAGUCGACAGAUUUUUACUAAAUGAACAAUUGAGUUCAACAAAAUUCAAACUUGUUGAUUGGAUUGCUUGGAAUUCUGUAUCAUCUGAAGGAGGGGUAAAUCACCUGGAACCUUCUUCCAACAUUGAUGAACUUCCUGGUUCUCCCAUACGUGGUGUAAUGGAAGGGUCUCAUGAAAAACCUCACAAUUCUGAUGUGUCUGUAUUUGCUAAACAGUCAGAACAAUCUAAUGAUCAAGAACAAAUCCCAUCUCAAACCCAAGAAGAGACACCACAAGUUGGCAGAACUGAAGUUUUAACAGAUUGCAGCCAGUCUAUCUUGCCAACAUCUUAUCAAAAUGCUGUUCUUGCGAAGGCCGGAAACAGUGAAGUUGUUCCGGAUCCUUCCGUGCAAGCUGGUCCAGCUUGUUCUGUUAGUCCAAAAGGUGUAGUGAAGCAUGUCAAAUUUGUGAAUGAUGCAAUGGAAGUAGAUGGAACAGAAUCACACAGUCUCAUUGUGGGUGACAAUAUUCCUUCAACUUGUGGUACUAGUAUCAAGUUAACAAGCUCCGCUCUUCCCCAUGGUGUAGAUCUUUCUAGCACUAAUCUUGAGGAUCAUGGUCCAUGCCAAUCUAGUGAAAUACUAGCCAAUGCUAAAUCUUGUACCAAAUAUCACACUGAUUGCUCAUGUGGGGAGAGGGAGAAAACCCUACUGGAUCAUGAAAUUCCUUCUGGUUCUGUUGUUUUCCCUGAGGACAAGGAUUUGGACCAGUCUAGGGGCAUGCAAGUUGAUGCUGAGACUUACAGAGGUACUUUAGAACUAUUAGAGUGCCCCCCAAGUGGGUUAGAUGACGAGGCAUACUCGUGUCAUAAAGUACACAGGGAUGUUACAAUUCAACGGAAAGUUAUGGAGGGGGAAAUAAAGCAAAGUACGGAUGAAAACAUAGAACGUACUGCAGAAAAUGAGACAGAGUCCAAUGACAAUAAAAUAAAAACAUCUAUUUCAUUGAACCCUGCAUUCCAUGGUCAGGAGAUCAGCUUAACUAGUUAUACAAGAAGUACUGACGCAAGUUGUGAAAGUGGCGAGCUGAAAGAACUAAAGUCUGAGGAAACAAAUGCUUUUUUGGAGAGAAGUGUUGCUAAAACACAUGAGCUACUACCAAAAUAUUCUUAUCCAAGUGGUAUGGUUGGGAUGUCCACAAUCAGAUCAGAAAAGAAAAGACAUAAACUAAGGCCGUACUGUCCAGCUUAUCUUCCUUUCUUGGGCUUCCUUAGGUCAGUGCAUUUCAAGAAGAAAAUAUGCAAAGAAGAUGUGGGGCAGAACCAAAAUCUUUUCUCCAUAUCAUGCAUCCCACCGGAAUGAGAGGUCGUAUCAGCUUUCAUCUAUGUGGUCUCCAGCUGAAGCUUAUAACAGUUGAAAAUCCUUCAUCUAUGUGGUCAAACUUAUGACAGUUGAGAUGGUCGACCAGAUAUUCUGAACUUCACAUUGCAUAUGAAGAGUGAUUUACAAUUUACAUUGAUAUAAGCAUUCUAUUUGAGUUAAUUUAGGAGAUUAUGAACUUCCUUGUACUUGAAUGCCAAUUAUGUCCAUAGUUGCAUGUCUAUAUAAUCUGUUGUUAAGUUCUUCGUACACAUCAACUAAACAAUCAUUGCAUCGCCACUAAAGCUAUAGUGGUGUGACUAUUUUUAUAGUUGACCUAGUAGAAGAAAAGGAAAAUCUAGGAGAACUGCGCACUAUCCUAUUAGUCCCACUUGUUUUCAUUAUCUUACAUGAAUGAUGCAUUGACGUGUUGCUUGACAAAGAGGCAUUGCCUCAGUGAAAUACUGUUUUUCCCGUCUCUAUGCAGCAGAAGUCAAAUUGUUUUAACUUGUGUGGCUGUUUUGGCAUCUUGAACUUGAUGCAGGUUGUGUCUAGAUGGAAGUCGUAAGCACUGUGGUGCACACAAUACAAGCAAUUUGGCCCAUGUCAAAAGGCUAAUGGAUUUAUGGUGCCCUUUGACUUUAUCUUGUCGGUUGGCUAAGGCCACUUGAAGUCGUCAGGGCAUCAGGCUAUGUCAACGAGACACAAAUUUUUGAGUGGGCUACUGUAGGGAUUCACGAGAGGGUGUGGCUACAACAGGAGCAGGGAGUGCUGUGAUUGGUUUAAAGGGACCCCCAUUGAUGUUACCAACCAAUUGGCAACUGAAAACAGCGUGCUGGGUCUAUAGCUGCAUACUUGUGUCCAAUAGUUGCUCGGAACAAGACUGAUUCUAGUGGGACUCAAUCUUGUUUCUAGGCUGCAUUGUUCAAAGGGGGCAUCAUAUCUUCAUGCCCCACCAAUAAUCAUGGGAGAUGUCACUUGUGAUUUUGGAAGCUUAUCAUGGGAACUAGUGUGCUGAUGGACUUUGGAGGGAUAGAGUCUUGUCAGGGGCUGCUUUCGCACUUCUACAAUCAUGAUCAUCUAUCAUCAGUGAGCUUCCUAUCUCUGCAUAAUCUUUGUUUUUCCACAUCUGGAUGCCAGUGAACAAACAGCAUCUAUUGCUAACCAUUGCCUUGCAUUGGUGACCAUGCAUACCACAUAUUCACAUUGGUGCGAUUAGGAAACGGUGAGGAAUGUUAGGAAUCAGGCAAACAUUUGGCAUGUUAAUUCCCCAGAAGGCCAGAACUGGUUGGGGACAGACAUUUGGUGGUAGUGGUAGGUCCUUUGGCCCUGGUUGCGGUGUGGUCAAUUGCAAGUUGAGCGUAUGUACAUGUCUGUCCUGGUGUACAACAGAAAAGGGCAUGUAUGUGGUGUAAGGAUGAUGAUAUCGAAAAAGGAGGAGUCUCCUUGAAUAAUCGAUCGAAUAGAAUCGUGGGCACUGUUGUUGUCGUC